AGUGAUGCGGAUUCUCCUGGUGGGCAGGAAGGGUUCUGGGAAAAGCUCAUCCGGAAACACCAUACUGGGAGAAAACAAGUUUAAAGUCUACAAACAAAAGAAGAAACACGAGUCUGAAGUUAGUGAGGGUCAAACACAGAUCGGAGAGACACAUGUUCAUCUGCUGGAUUGUCCAGAUCUGCUGGAUCCAGAUGUGGAUGAAGAGAAACUGCAGAAACUGGAGGAGCAGCUGCUGUCUGCAUGUUCAGCAGGUCUCAGUUCAGUUCUGCUCACCGUUCCUCUGGAGAAACCACUGCAGAAUGAAGAGGAGAUGCUGGAGUAUAUUAAACAUCUGUUUGGUCCUGGAGUUCAGAAAUGCAUCAUGAUCCUGUUCACACGUGGAGAUAAGCUGGAGGAACUGGAUGAACCAAUGAGCAUUAAGGAAUAUCUCCAAAAUCACGCAGAUCUCCAGCGGCUGGUGACUGAAUGUGGAGAAAGAUUUCAGUGUUUUAACAACAAGAGUAAAUCAGGAGAUCAGGUGACAGAUCUGCUGCAGAAGAUUAAGGGAACGGUGGAUGAGAACAAAGGAAAGUCCUUUAUGAGAAGGAUCAACAGCAAGGACAAAAUGAUCAAUUUUUCAGGAGCAAGUUCAGCUGGAGAAGAGUCAGAUGAGCUUCAGGUUCCUGAAGGCAAAGAAGAGGUCAGACUGGUUCUGCUGGGGAAAACUGGAGUGGGAAAAAGUGCCACCGCUAACACCAUCAUCGGCAGAAACCGCUUUAACUCUUCCACCAGUUCAAAAUCUCAGACCAAACUGUGCCAGUCAGAAACUAGACUGAGGAGCAGAAAGCAGAUCUCCGUCAUCGACACUCCUGGACUCUAUGACACUGAACUGAGUGAAAAGGAGAUCAUUACAGAAAUAGCCAAAUGCAUAACUUACGCUUCUCCUGGUCCACACGCUUUCAUUAUUGUGAUUAAAGUGGGCAGAUUCACUGAAGAAGAGAAAAACACAAUACAACAGCUGAAAGAGGUGUUUGGAGAACAGAUGGAGAAAUACUCCAUGAUCAUCUUCACUCAUAAAGAUCAGCUAGAGAAAAAGAAAACCAUUGAGCAGUUCCUAGAGAAAGGUGAUCCGGCUCUUAAAGGACUUGUGGAGAGUUGUGGAAGACGGUUCUUCUGUUUGGACAAUAAAUCUGCCAGUUUCCCCCAGUUUAAAGAUCUGAUCAGUAAAGUAGAGGAGAUGGUGGAGGAAAAUGGAGGAGCGCACUUCUCCAGUGAGAUGUUUGAAGAAAUACAGAAACGCAUUGAGGAGAUUCAAAACCAGAAACUGAAGGAGAAAGUGAAGCAGUUCAAGCAGAAGGGCAAGAAGGUCACUCAGACAGAAUGGCAGAAAAUCUACUGGCGUUUAGUGGAGGAGUCCAAGCAUGAAGCUAAGGAAAUCAAUGUUGAAGGUUUUUUAAAACAUUAUGCUACGUCUUUGGCAAAACAUGAGGAGAUGUUAAAAGUGACCCAUGAGGAGAAAGAGAGUGCUAUUGCGGAGGCUAAGAGGAUAGGAGUAAGUCAUGGAAAUGCUGUUAAACUCGCAAUUAUAGCGACACGGAAACUAGCAAAACAGAAGUGUAAAGUUCAGUGAGAGAUCCAGUCAUGACCAGACAAAUGAGCCUUCCUGCAGGUUUUCAUACUAAUACUUGAAACCAAAUAUGAUUUAGUCAAAGCUGAAGGCAUCUUUACUGUUAUCUGCUUCAUAGGAGCUUCUGUGCCUCAGUCUACAUACUGUGAU